GCUGGGAUCACCUUAUGUCAUGAAUGACAUUUUUAAUUAUUGGUUAAGUGCGCACACGUGCGCAGAUUAACCCCGGCAGCAGAAAAAGACUUCCUGGCAGGAUCGCAUGAAGAAAUCAAGAAGGAAGUAUCUGGAGGCCCCGGCGAGAAAACAUUGAUGUGUUGUCCCCUGUUUGCUGGCAGCAGAAAAGACUCGUGCGCAUGCUCUUCUUGCUUUCCCCUUGGUGUGAAACAACUGAUCGUUGGUGUCAACAAGAUGGAUUCGUCUAAACCACCAUACAGUAAGACUUGUUAUGGGGAAGUCCAGAAGGAAGUAUCCUCAUCCAUCAAGAAGCUCGGUUACGAUCCAGCUGCUGUUGCAUUCGUCCCAAUCGCUGGCUUGGCAUGGUGAUAACGUGUUGGAAGCAUCCACCAAUGGUACAAAGGAUGGAAGGUUGAACGUAAGGAAGGCAACUC